CGCCAUUAUCUGAGACUUUUAGGUGAGCGAUCACUGUGGACUGGACAGGAGACACUCCAAAAUGAUGACCCUGAAGUUUAUGAAAUUGUCAAGCAGGAAAAGUUCAGACAGUCAAAUGGCUUGGAGCUGAUUGCUUCAGAGAACUUUACCAGCAGAGCUGUCAUGGAGGCCGUGGGUUCGUGUCUAACCAACAAGUAUUCAGAGGGCUACCCCGGUGCUAGGUACUAUGGAGGAAAUGAAAUUAUUGACAAAAUGGAGCGCCUGUGUCAAAAACGUGCUUUAGAAGCCUUCAAAUUGGAUCCAGAGAAAUGGGGAGUGAAUGUACAACCUUACUCUGGUAGCCCUGCAAACUUUGCUGCCUACACAGCACUUUUGAAUCCUCAUGAUAGAGUAAUGGGACUUGACUUACCAGAUGGAGGACAUUUAACACAUGGAUUUAUGACUGACACCAAGAGAGUGUCAGCCACUUCUAUAUUCUUUGAAUCUAUGCCAUACAGACUAGAUCCAAAGACAGGUUACAUUGACUAUGACAAACUUCUGGAAACAGCCAGACUUUUCCGGCCAAAGCUUAUCAUAGCUGGCACAACAGCAUACUCUCGUCUGCUGGAUUACAAAUUUUUCAGACAGGUAUGUGACGAGGUUAAGGCCCAUAUGCUAGCAGACAUGGCCCACAUCUCUGGCCUUGUGGCCGCUGGUGUUAUUCCUACCCCUUUUGAGUAUGCUGAUGUUGUCACAUCUACAACACACAAGACCCUUCGCGGACCAAGAUCUGGCAUAAUAUUCUAUCGCAAAGGAGUCAAGUCAGUUGACAAGAAAACAGGAAACGAAAUUUUGUAUGACUAUGAAAAAACCAUCAACAACGCUGUAUUCCCUGCCCUGCAAGGUGGUCCCCAUGAGCAUCAGGUGGCUGGAGUGGCUGUAGCUUUGCAGCAGGCUAUGACACCAGAAUUCAAAGUUUACCAAGAACAGGUGCUGAAAAAUGCCAAAGCCAUGUCAGACACACUUUUGAAGAAAGGAUACACUGUCGUUUCUGGUGGAACUGAGAAUCAUCUGGUACUGGUUGACCUGAGACCCAAGGGAAGCGAUGGAGCUCGUGUAGAGCGGGUUCUGGAGCUGUGUUACAUCACUGUCAACAAGAACACUUGUGCUGGGGACAAAAGUGCCAUGACACCUGGCGGUCUCCGCCUGGGUGCUCCAGCCUUGACAUCCAGAGGGUUCAAAGAAUCCGACUUUGAAAAAGUGGUGGAAUUAUUUGACAAAGGAGUCCAGAUUUCUCUGAGGGUUAAGCAAAAAACUAAAACACUGAAAGACUUCAAGGCACAUCUUCUAGAAGACGGUGACACACAACGUGAACUAUCCACAUUGAAGGAAGAAGUGAUGGCUUUUGCAAGGACUUUUCCCAUGCCAGGAUUUCAGGAUAGAUAA